AGUACGGUAGAAGCAAUAAAUUAAAUUUUGAAAUGUGUCUUGGGAAAGUUUUAAUACUUCUUCUUCUGCUGCUUCUUUUUGCUGCACUAUGUGUGGGAAAUAUUGUUGACCUUGUAAACCUCAUCAAAAAAAUUCACAAGGAAACCAACUCGAAAACAAUAUUGUGUUUAAUUGGACAGCCAGAGGAUAUUUUGAAAUAUCCCUUAACAAUUCACUACUUAUAGUUAAUGGUCAAGAUGAAUUCAUAGAACAAUUUGAGAUGCUUCAACCUCUAAUAGAAGGGAUAGGAAUUCGAAAAUUCGUCAUAAUUUACGGAGUAACACUCAAUUGCCUACAAAAGUAUUUUACCUUCUUCGACACUUGGAAAUUUACCAGAAUUUUUGGAAUCGCUGAAAACAAUGUUUCGUAUGCAUUUCUUCCCUAUGCUGAUACCAAAAUUCAAAGCUUUUCUAGAGGUACAGCAUCACUGCCCAACGCUCUAAAUGACUUAAAUGGUUUCACACUGCGAACUGCUAUGACUAAUGACAUACCCAGAUGUUUCCGAUAUCGAAAUUUACAAGGAAUUGAACAAUUUGGCGGAUUUGCUCCGCAAAUAGUUCUUGCUUUUCUUCGUCGGCAUAAUGCAACAUUAAAAGAAGUUCAAAUUUUCAACUCAACUCAUUGGUUUUCUUUUCAGGAAACGUUAGAUGCAAUUUUAAAUCACACUAUCGACAUAAGUAUGAACGCUUCUCCCUCAUUCCCGGAAGUUUUUCACAUCUCAGUAAAAUCUUUGAUCUGGACAUUAAUCGUACCUCUUCUUGGUUACAUAGACCCCAAUGAAUAUUUUCAAAGGCCAUUUUCAUUGGAGGUGUGGAUCCUGAUUGGCCUAACUGGAAUUUACAUAGCUGUGGUAGAUUUCGGAAUGAAGAAAUUGAUCAAUUCUCAAGCUGAUAUCAGGAAAAGUUUAAGUGAAACAUUUCUGGCAUUUCUAAUGAAACCUUCUGAAGGAUCUUCGACCACAGCAUAUAGGAUCAAAAUUCAAGUUUUUAUCUUCUGUUUUGUCCUAGGAAGUAUGUAUAUGAUUUCCGUUACGUCAUUUUUAACAGCUUUUAUAAGAAUCAAACAGAUGGAAACAAUGCAGGACCUCAUUGACCACAAUAUACCUAUCAUGAUGUCCGAUUUCAGUUGGAAAUACAUGCACGACUACAAUGCUAGUCCACCAGGAUUUGAGAAAAUUGUGAAAUUGGUUGAAUUUUCUUUGUAUAUGAAAGAGAUUGAUUCGAUGAAUAAUACAAAAUUUGGCUAUUCAAGUGCUGAAGACAGAACUGAAUUUCUCUUUGGCUUACAAAAACAUUUCAACCAGCCACUUCUAUUUCGAUCAAUUCCAUAUCCCAAUAUUAAAUAUCACAUUGGAUUUAUAUUGGAUUUUCAUUCACCUUUUAGGGAGAAUUUGGUCAAUUUGGUAGAACGAAUUAAAGAAGUUGGAUUAAUUCAGAAGUGGGAUUUCGACACAACUAUUAAUUCUAUUAAUGUUGGAUAUCGUAUGCACAAAUCUGGAUUGAAAUUACCGGGAUCAGAACCUGUUGCUAUUAAAUUGGAUACAUUGCAGUUUGCUUGGAAUUGUUUAGCGAAAGGUUUGGCAUUGGCAAGUGUUGUGUUUGUAGGCGAAAUAUUGGUCAAAAUAGUUAAAAUGCGGAAAUACUAUUGGAUAAGAUUAAUUUUAAGUGUAUUCAAUAAAUAA